AUGAGUGAAUAUAAUGCUGAUAUCCGGCACGAUGAAUGUUGUGGUAUGUCAAUAAAUGAUAAUGAGGAUGAUGAUAUAUUUGAUGAUGUAGAUAAUAUCAAUGAUUCUGAAGAAGAUCAUCGUGUUAUUACUGUUGGUAUAUGUGCUCAGUGGAAGAAAAUUAAAGCAAAACCAAUGGAAGAAAUUUUACAUCGUUUAGAACACUUUGAAUCUCUUCGUAUAGUUAUAUUUCCUGAAACAACUAUACAUGAAAAACCUAUUGAAGAAUGGCCAUUUUGUCAUGUUUUAAUUAGUUUUCAUAGUAAAGGUUUUCCACUUGCUAAAACACAAGAAUAUGCACGUCUUCAUCGACCAUAUCUUAUUAAUGAUCUUGAUAAACAAUGGUGUAUUAUGGAUCGCGUUAAAGUACAUGAAAUACUUGAAGAUGCUGGUAUUCCACAACCUCGAUAUGGUGUACUUCGAAGACAUCUGAAUAGUGAUGGUACAUGGACAACCUUAUCUAAUGUUAUUGAACAAGAUGAUCAAAUUGAAAUUGAUGGUGAAAUAUUUCAUAAACCAUUUGUGGAAAAACCUGUAUCAGCUGAAAAUCAUGAUGUCUACAUUUAUUUUCCUUUAUCAGCUGGUGGUGGAUCACAGAGAUUAUUUCGAAAGAUCGGUAGUCGAAGCAGUGUGUAUACAUCAGAGAAUAAUAUUCGUAAAGAUGGUUCCUAUAUUUAUGAAGAAUUUAUGCCAACUGAUGGUACAGAUGUUAAAGUAUAUACAGUAGGUGCUGAAUAUGCUCAUGCUGAAGCAAGAAAAUCUCCUGGACUUGAUGGUAAAGUUGAUCGUGAUGAAUUUGGUAAGGAAGUACGUUAUCCAGUUAUAUUACGUGCUGAUGAAAAAUUAAUUGCAAUGAAAAUAUGUUUAGCAUUUAAACAAACUGUAUGUGGUUUUGAUUUACUUCGUGUGGAAGGGAAAUCUUUUGUAUGUGAUGUGAAUGGAUUUAGUUUUGUUAAAAAUAGUACAAAAUACUAUGAUGAUUGUGCUUCCAUUCUUGGACAUAUGAUAAUGCGUGAAUUAGCACCAACAUUAUCAAUUCCAUAUCCAUUAGCUUAUCAACCAGAAGAUCCACCAUUUGUACCAACUGCUUUUGGUACGAGAAUGGAACUUCGAUGUCUUAUUGCAGUUAUUCGACAUGGUGAUCGAACGCCAAAACAAAAAAUGAAAAUGGUCGUUUUACAUCCAUUGUUUUUUCAAUUAUUUGAAAAAUAUAAUGGACCGAAAAAUGGUCAUCUUAAAUUGAAACAUCCUGGUCAACUUCAAGAAGUUCUUGAUAUUGCACGAACAUUACUCAAAGAAUUAGAUGAUAAUCGAUUAACUAAAUUUCCAAAUUCACCUGAAACAAAAGGAAAAUUACUUCAACUUAAACAAGUACUCGAAUUAUACGGUCAUUUUUCUGGUAUUAAUCGUAAAAUUCAAUUAAAAUAUUUACCAAAAGGUCCACCGAAAAAAUCCAGCAGUGAAGAUGAAUUUGAUGAUAUACCAUGUCAACCAUCAUUACUCUUAGUAGUUAAAUGGGGUGGGCAAUUAACUCAAACAGGCAGAAAUCAAGCCGAAGCACUUGGCCGAGCAUUUCGUAAAAUGUAUCCAGGUGGUCAAAGUGCGGGUGGUGAUCGACCGGAUGUGGGUCUUCUUCGUUUACAUUCAACAUUUCGACAUGAUUUAAAAAUUUAUGCAUCGGAUGAAGGGCGUGUACAAAUGACAGCUGCAGCAUUUGCAAAAGGUUUAUUAGCACUUGAUGGUGAAUUAGCACCCAUUCUUGUACAAAUGGUUAAAAGUGCGAAUACAAAUGGUUUACUUGAUAAUGAUCUUGAUGCAACAAAAGAACAACAAAAAGUUAAACAAACUUUACAUGAUCUUUUAGGAAAAGAUCGACAAUUUACAAAAGAAGAUUAUGAUAAAAUAGCACCAACUUGUUCACGUUCAUUUCUAACAUCAAUGGAUUUUAUUAAAAAUCCGGUUGUUAUUUGUCGAAAAAUUUUUGAGUAUAUUCAUGAAAUGACUGUGCUCAUUCGAGAUCAUUUACUUAAAGGCGGAUCAGAAACUCUCUUUCAUUCUGAAACAUUGGAUCUAUGUUUACGACGAUGGUUAAAAUUAGAAAAAGAUUUUUAUAAUGUUCAAAAAGAUAAAUUUAAUAUAUCAAAAGUUCCUGAUAUAUACGAUUCAAUAAAAUAUGAUUUAUUACAUAAUAAAAAUAAUCUUCAAUUUCCACAUGCAGAAGAUUUAUAUGUAUGUUCAAAAGCAUUAGCUGAUCUUGUUGUACCACAAGAAUAUGGAAUGACAAUAGAAGAAAAAUUAAGUAUUGCUCGUGGAAUUGUUACACCAUUACUUCGAAAAAUUCGAGCAGAUCUUCAAUGUAAUUUAACCGGUGUUUUAACUCAUGAUGAACAUGUUAAUAAACUAGAUCCUAGCUAUUCAAAAGGUAUUCAAACACCAGGUCGACAUGUUCGUACACGAUUAUAUUUUACUAGUGAAUCCCAUGUACAUUCUCUUUUAACAAUAAUUCGUUAUGGUGGUUUACUAGAUACAUCAACAGAUGAACAAUGGAAACGUUCUAUGGAUUAUCUUGAAACAGUUUCUGAAUUAAAUUAUUUAACUCAAAUUGUUAUUAUGUUAUAUGAAGAUUCGAGUGAAGAAGAAGAUUCAGAAAAACGAUUUCAUGUUGAAUUACAUUUUUCACCCGGUGCAUAUGGCUGUUUUGAUGUACCACCUGAAAUUGAUUCUGUGACUUCAGAUGUAAAUACUAUUCGUACAGUUUUACCAAAGAGUCAUCGAGAAGCAGCACAUAGUCCACCAAGACAUCAAACAAAACCACCUGUAUUAGAAACAUUACCAGAAACAACGAAUAAAUCCUUACCACAAAUAAUUAAUCCGGUACCAACUAUUGUCACAUUCGAUUGUACUUCACCACCCAUGAAUACUGAAAAGACAAAUCCAAAAAUGAUUACAGAACCAUUUCCGGUAAAAACUUAUCAUAGAAAAAGUGACGGAAUAAUAACAAAUUGUUCAUCGCAACCGAUUGAUUCGGAAGAAUUACAUUCAACUUCUGUACCACGAUCAUCACACUACGACAAUUAUAUGUUAAAACCAAAAUCUCUUGACACUAAUGAAUCAAAAUUACACCAAUUAACCGAACAGAAAUUCGAGAAACCUUCUGUAUUCUCUAAUGGAAUACAUCAGACAUCAAAUACAAUAUUUGGUCUUUGUCCAACAAAAGCUCAGAAUCAAUUUAGUUUAUUAUCUGCUCCUGAACUUUCACGUCGUAAUUCGGGUACACUAUCCCAAUCGAUAUUAACACAUAAUUAUUAUAAUACAAUUCAUGGUGGUGGUGCAGAUAAAAGACCUUUUACUUAUAUGCCGUUAUCGAGUAUAUUCAGUACAAGAGUUAUUAGUGGUGCAAAAUCAACACCAGAUCUUAAUAAAUUACUCGAACGAAAACAAGCUGGAUUAAUAUGUCCAGAAACUGCUGUUCUUGCUCCAUUAGAAACGUUAAAUACGAAUUUAAAUUAUAAAAUUCUUGAUGAUUUUAUUGGUAAAAUGACAAGUUCAACAUUUAAAUUUUUAUCGAAUGAUAUAUCCACUGUUUCACUACCAUUUCUACUUCCAGACGCAUCGAUAAACCGUUUUAGUGUUGAAUCUGUUGAUACAACGAAUAGUAUUUAUGGGAAUGAUAAAAAAGUUCGUCUAGGUUAUAUUAAAUCACCACAGUAUUCAAUCGAUACAAUCAAUGAAUUACCAGAACGAACAAUUGAUGAAGAACGUUAA